GGAGGAAGGGUGGGAGGGUGGAAGGCAGGCAGGCAGGGAGGGAGGGGCUGCAGGGUCGAGCCGAGCGGAACGGGCCGGCCAGGGGCGGCCCCCGCCAGGAUGCCCCGGCCCGUGGGCCGCUCCGCCGCCAGCCACCCCCGCGGCCCCUGGCGGCCCGCGGUCGGCCUGGGGGCGCGGGAGCCACAGCCGGAGCCAGAGGCGGGAGCAGCGAGCAGGAGCCCCGGGCGCCCGAAUGCAGGAUGCUCAUGGUCCCUGGUGUCCUCAAGCCUCAUGUGAGGGCUGCUGCUCUGAGCUGAGGCCUGGCUCCGAGGAUGCCCCAGACACCGGCCAGCUCCCGUCUGCAUCAUGAGUGAUGAGCGGCGGCUGCCUGGCAGUGCAGUGGGCUGGCUGGCAUGUGGAGGCCUCUCCCUUCUGGCCAACGCCUGGGGCAUCCUCAGCGUGGGUGCCAAGCAGAAGAAGUGGAAGCCACUGGAGUUCCUGCUGUGCACGCUUGCGGCCACCCACAUGCUCAACGUGGCAGUGCCCAUUGCCACCUAUGCUGUGGUGCAGCUGCGGCGGCAGCGCCCCGACUACGAGUGGAAUGAGGGCCUCUGCAAGGUCUUCGUCUCCACCUUCUACACCCUCACCCUGGCCACCUGCUUCUCCAUCACCUCCCUCUCCUACCACCGCAUGUGGAUGGUCCGCUGGCCCGUCAACUACCGGCUGAGCAACGCCAAGAAGCAGGCGGUGCACACGGUCAUGGGCAUCUGGAUGGUGUCCUUCAUCCUGUCAGCCUUGCCUGCCGUUGGCUGGCACGACACGCGUGAGCGCUUCUAUGCCCACGGCUGCCGCUUCAUCGUGGCUGAGAUCGGCCUGGGCUUCGGCGUCUGCUUCUUGCUGCUGGUGGGCGGCAGCGUGGCCAUGGGCAUGGUCUGCACAGCCAUCACCCUCUUCCAGACGCUGGCUGGGCAGGUGGGGCGCCGGGCCGACCGCCACGCCUUCACUGUGCCCACCAUUGUGGUAGAGGACGCACAGGGCAAGCGCCGCUCCUCCAUCGAUGGCUCUGAGCCUGCCAAAACCUCACUGCAGAUCACAGGCUUGGUGGCCACUAUCGUCAUCAUCUAUGACUGCCUCAUGGGCUUCCCCGUGCUGGUGGUGAGUUUCAGCAGCCUCCGGGCAGACGCCUCUGCGCCCUGGAUGGCACUGUGUGUGCUGUGGUGCUCCGUGACCCAAGCCCUCCUGCUGCCCGUAUUCCUCUGGGCCUGCGACCGCUACCGUGCUGACCUCAAGGCCGUCUGGGAGAAGUGCGUGGCCCUCAUGGCCAACGACGAGGACUCGGACGAUGAUACCAGCCUGGAGGGUAGCGUCCCCCCGGACCUGGUGCUGGAGCGCUCCCUCGACUACAGCCAUGGGGGCGACUUUGUGGCCCUGGACAGGAUGGCCAAGUACGAGCUCUCUGCCCUGGAGGGCGCCCUGCCCCAGUUCUACCCGCUGCAGCCAUUGCAGGAGGACAAGAUGCACUACCUGCAGGUGCCGCCCACGAGACGCCUCUCGCACGACGACGCGGACGUGUGGGCCGCCGUCCCGCUGCCCGCCAUCCUGCCGCGUUGGGGCUCCGGCGACGACCUGGCCGCGCUCGUGCUGCCCGCCGCGCCCGAGCCGCGCCGCGGCGGCCUGCUGGCCUUCGCCGAGGACGCGCCCCCGUUCCGCCCGCGCCGCCGCUCGGCCGAGAGCCUGCUGUCGCUGCGCCCCCCGGCCCUGGACGGCGGCCCGCGCCGCGCCCGCGACUCGCCGCCGACCACGCCAGCAGGCCGCCGCGGCGCGGCUCGGGCCGAGUCCGAGUGCAGCGUGACGUAGCCCGACGCGCUGACGGCCUUCGAGCGCGAGCCGCAGGCCCUGCGCCGCCCGCCCGCCGCGCCCGGGCACUUCCCCGCGCCCGCCGGCGCCCAGCCCGACGAGGACGCGGCGCCCCCUGGCGGCGGCGGCGGCGGGCCGCAGAGCCCAGAGCCGCGUCCGACUGCGCACGCACACGCGGGGCCCUUGCGGUCCGACUUGAGCGCGUCGUGGGGCGAGCCCGGGGGCCUGCGCGCGGCUGGCGGCGGGAGCAGCAGCAGCUUCCUGAGCUCGCCCUCCGAGUCUUCGGGCUACGUCACGCUGCACUCGGACUCGCUGGGCUCGGCGUCCUAGGGCCCGCCGGCACUCCCCGACCCUCGCCAGGCAGGCCGGCCGCCCACGGGGGCCAAAACACCAAAGAUGCCACCCUGUCCAGGCUCGGGGUUGGGGGCCACGCUGAGCCUGCCAACAGCACCCGGACGUGUGCCAGCCCUCCCAGGGUGAUGGGGCAGUGGCUCUCUGCCGGCCCUAGGAAGUGGGCAUUGUCUGGAGGGGCGAUGACUGCCCUGGACUGCACUGGGCACAGACCAGCCACUGGGCACGGCAUCUCCCAGCAAAGUGAGGCUGGGCUUGCGUAAAGGCGGGCUCUGCACGCCCAGCUGCAUCUUCCCUAGCGCCAGGACAGCUGGGCUGGGGGAGGGAGCCCAGGGACAGGGCCACUACCAGACGGAACAAAGGCUGGCCUUGCAGGAGCAAGAGCCACCGGACUGCACCCGGCUUUCCGCUCUGCACUGUAACUCUGUCAUCUCAGGGGGUGGGGUGCAGAGGGUUUCUAAGCACAGGGGUCUUCAGAGCCUAAACAAGCCCUCCCAGCAGGUCUGCCUGCUGACCUAUUCUGUUUCGGUUUCUCCAUCUGUGAUGAGCAGGUGACGGUGUUAACUCUCAGGACUGUUUGGAGAAGUCUUCUGGUCCGUGUGUCCCGGCCACUGAGUGGAGAGGGCAUGAGAGAUAGACUAGUGCCCUCCGUGGGUCCUUGGUGGGGGUCAGCCUUCAGUGUGUUGCCUGGUGUGGCACCAGGCCUGAGGCCUCCCACUCCCAGUGCCCCCGGCCCCCUUGGGAACCCACUCCCCACUCAGCUAAAGCACAACACUUCUGCACCGUCACCAUCGGCACCACCCCACCUUGACCACCAUUGGGAUCCCCAUCCUCGUCACUCCACCAUCACAGCCUACUCUCACCACUUCGGCCACCUCUGUGACUCCCACCACAAAGGUCGUGGUACAUGGUGGGAAGAACUGAAGCAAAGGGGGGGUGGGCUUCCUUAUCCUGGCAUCUGUCCCCAGCCUUAUCCCCCACCCGUGCAGGUCUAGUCAGGAAGGGGUCCUGCCUAGGAGGCCUCCCAGGUUCUGGGUUUAAGGCCUGGUCCCUGGCAAAGGUUCUCCUCCACCCUUGGGGUAGUGCUCUUUGCUCUCCCUCCUGGGAAGACCCCUUGCAGGCCUGGGCUUUUCCAUGGGCCCUGUGGAGGGGCCUGCUGGGUCUUCUGUGGAAGAAGACCCUAGAUUCAGGCUAAGAAGAGGCCCAGGAAUAGCUGUGACCUUGAGCUGGAGGGACAGGGGCUAAUGCAGAGGCUGUCUCAUCCUGGCCCCUGCCUCCACGCAGUAGCCUCAGAACCUGAAGACCUGGAGCAAGUUCCAAGGCCAGCAGGGAGCCUGCCUGUGCGGUGUUCCCGCCUGCUCUGCAACCUGGAAUUGCAGCACUGCCUCUGCCCUUCCCAUGGCAGAGCCCACCUCCUCACCCUCCAGGUAGAGUCCCAGCCCCAGAAGAGGCCUCUGGGAGAGGGGAGGAGGGGGACUGCUUGGCUCCGUCUCUGCUUUGGAGGCCCCUCCAGUCACUGGCUGUGGGUAACCUGGGGGGAGGAGCUGACUACAGGUGAGCAAGGCUGGGGACUGCUUUCCAGCCCUAGCCAUGGGAGGGGCCACCUCUGGCCAAUGCUGCUGUGCCUUCAUGGACCAACAUGUCAUUUAGGGGCAGAGGUCAUCAGCUGGCCACUGUCCUCCCCUUGGGCUGGCCCAUUUGUCAUCCUUGGGUUUUCACUCUGUGUAUUUCAUAUCCAAUGGCAAUACUUGCACGGGGACAUGGUACUCCAAAGUCCCUCCAGUCCUGGUUUUUACAAAAAUAAAGAGGAGGGAGGACCCAAGCGGACAGCCCUGGGGCCUGGGGCUCCCUGUCACACUCUGCAGCCUCCAGGCCUAUUUGCUGCGGUGAUAAGCAGCUUGACCCCGUGGCCAUCGUAGGGAGCUCUGUCUUCAUACCACCACCCAGCCCAGAGCCAGGGAUCCGUUUGUAGUUUUUUGACAACAGUAUUUCUCUUCUGUACAGAAUCCAAUAAAAACUUCCUAUGUUUUGCACCCGGCA